CCGUAAUACUCCAAAUGCUAAAUUCUACCAUAUACUAGCAAUAGCAUUAUUAUUAUUAUUAUUAUUAUUAUUAUUAUUAUUAAUGACAAACAGUGAAUAUAUUCAACUGUUCUCAGAUAGCCUAUUCCAAAGUUAGCCCUCUGAUGUGACUCACCUGGGGCUGGGGGCAUGAAUCAGAGAGUGGUCCAAGCUAUCUUGCCCUUGGCACAUUCUCUUUAGCACAAUUUCCUUGGUGGUCUUUGAGUGUCACUCAAAGAAAAAAUAUUGUUAUGAAAUUGUAGGGGAGGGCAGAUCCCCAUAAAUUUUUAAUUUAGUAAAUUUGCACAAACAGAAAGAGUUUUUGAGAGAAAAUGAGCUGAAAUGAAAUAAAUAAAUUAGUAAAUAAAUGCACGUUAGGGAAAGAAAAGGAAGAACAGGAAACUAUGGUGGGAGGCAGGAAUGAGGAAACAAUAAAUGGAUAGAUUUAGGAAGGAAGGAAGGAAAUGUUAGAAAAGGAGAAGAAAGGAAGCAGCCUGAAAGAAACUAAGGCAGUGCAGAAGAAAUACAGGAAGAAAGGGGGUGAAUAAGUUUAGGAAGGAAAGAAAAGGAAAAGAUUUUGCAGCAAGGAAGGAAAUAAAUGUUAGGAAAUAAAGAAAAGGAAGAAGAUGCAUUCUGAGGAGAAACUGAGGCAGAAUGGAAUACUAAAGCAAAGGUUUAGAAAAAAAGGAAGGAAAGAAGGAAAUUUAGGAAGGAAAGCAAAGGAAGAGGGAGCAUUUUGUGGUUGAUUAAGGCAGAGAGAAAGUCAGGAAUGGAAAUAGUAAAAAAGUGGAAAAAGAGAAAAAUAAACGUUAGGAAGAGGAAUUUGAGGUAAAACUGAAGCAGAGUGAAAAAAAGUGAAGAAUGGUUUUGAAAAAGGAAGGAAAGGUUGAGAAGGCAUCUGGGGGUAACUGAGGCACAGGGACACAGAAAGCAGACGGGGGGGGGAGAAGGCCCCACCCCAAAUAUCUCCCUGUGGUGGGAGGGGGUUGCCUUCAUUAACCCUUUCUUCUACUUGCCGCCCUCUCCCGGCCACAGGCACAGCCCGGGUCUCGCCGUCUUCGCCGCCGCCUCCCCGCUCCUUCUCUUCUAGCGGGCGGAGGGAGGAAGGCGGGCGGACGGGCGGGCGGACGGAACAGCCGGGCCGGUUUGAACCAGUGGAGGCGGCGACAGCAGCAGCAGAAGAAGGGGGAAAGGCGGCGGAAGGGACCUCGGGACCGUCCCUCCCGGUGCCUACUGCGGAGAAGGUGGAGGAGCUGUGUUCCCUCCGAGCAUGUGAGGCUGAGGAAGGAGCAGCGGAGGGCGGGAAAUGGAGGCGGCUGGGCCCGGGUCCGGUUGGUACUGCGCAGGAGGCUGCUGGCGGUGGCGGUAGGCCCGGGAGUUUGCCUUGGCAACGAGGCCUUAGGGGGAGGAGGGCCUGGCAGGGGACGGGAGCGGGGCGAGCAAUACAGGCAAUGGCUGUUGCGGUUUUAGAGUGCUGGUUUGGCGCGGUAAGGGAGCCCAACGCCAGGGGCAGGGCGGGGAGAGGGAGCGUUUUCCCCACUAAUAAUAAUAAUGUAUUAAGUUUAUUUGCCGCUUUUUUUGCCAUGGCAAAUCGAAGCGACUUACAAAAAACCGAAAACGAAAUACACUUUGAAGCGAGGUGUGGCGAAUAUGUUCGUCAAAACACCUCAUGCUCCGUACCCUUCAGGGCGAGGAUCCACCUGCAGAGGGUCUUUCUUUAAAGCGGAUAUUUAGCGUGUAUUUAAGGACACAGGAUUUCGCCUUGUGCCGAGUUAGGCAACUGGGUUCCGUCCAGCUCAGUACUGUCUGCACUGACAGGCAGAAGCAGCGGGUCUCCAGGGUUCAGCCCUGCCUGAGGAUGCCAGUGGUUGGGACUGGCAGGUGCACAGGAAGCUACCUUCUACAGAUCCAGAGCAACUGGUCCAUCUAGCUCAGUAUUGCCCACACUUAUUGGCAGAAUCCAGACGGUCUUUCCCAGCCCUACCUGGAGAGGCAGGUAGGGCAGGCAUGUUUAAAGUCCGUUUUGGGGGCCUAAUCCGGCCCGCCAGUUGGUUUAAUCCGGCCCCUGUGGCAGUUUAUUUCUUGAGGUAAAAUCCUUUAAAAAACCCUCAACAAACUUCAAUCCUCAAAAAAAGCUCAACAACAACUUUGAGGUAAAAUAAUUUUAAAAAGGUCAAUAACUUCAAUCCUUAAAAAAGUCAACAACAUUGGUUGGCCCUUUGGUCGGCUUUCACGGCCCUUCACCUCUUUGAAAAAAGCUUGGACACCACUGCCAUAGGGGAUUGAACCUGGAGCUAAGCAAAGCAUGUGCUCUGCUACUGAGCUGUGGCCCUUCCCUAAAUUUGCAUAUCCUAAUUUACAUGUACAGGUACAAGUUGAGAAAUUGUGAUUGUGACUUUGUCAGUGGUGGUGCAUUUGCUUUGCAUGCAGGAGGUUCCAGGUUCAAUCCUCAAUGGCAUCUCCAGACAGGACUUACCGUAUUUUUCGCACCAUAGGACGCACCAGACAAUAGGACGCACUUUGUUUUAGAGGGGGGAGAACAACAAAAAAAAAUUCCCCCCCUCUCUGCCCAGCGUCCCUUCAGUGAAGCAGCAGGAGGCGCUGCACAGAGAGGGGGAGAACUUUCCCCCUCUUGUUUUCCCGCUCUAAAACAAGGUGCCAUUUAAGGUGCGUUCAGGCGGCUACCUUGGAAGCCUGGAGAGCGAGAUGGGGCGGUGUGCACUGACCCCUCUCGCUCUCCAGGCUCCUUUCGACCUGCUCUUUGGGGCUGGCGGGGGGAAGCCCACCACCAGCCCCAAAGAGCAGGUCAGGGAGCAGCGGAAAGGUGCAGCGGAGAGGCUCCUGCCAUAGCCGUGCGUCACCUCUCCAGCCGGGAGAGGGUCGUGGGGGGCUGCUUUAGCCCCGCGCGCGCUCUCCCGGCUGGAGAGGUGACGCGGGGCUGUAGAGGCUCCUGCCAUAGCCGUGCGUCACCUCUCCAGCCGGGAGAGCGCGCGCGGGGCUAAGAAGCCAUAGCCCUGCGACCCUCUCCCGGCUGGAGACGUGACGCGCGGCUAUGGCAGGAGCCGCUAUAGCUGCGCGUCACCUCCCCAGCCGGGAGAGGGUUGCGGGGUGCUUCUUUAGCCCCGCACGCGCUGUCCCGGCUGCAGAGGUGACGCGGGGCUGUAGAGGCUCCUGCCGUAGCCGCGCGUCACCUCUCCAGCCGGGACAGGGUCGCGGGGGCUGCUUAGCCCGCGCGCUCUCCCGGCUGGAGAGGUGACGCGCGGCCAUGGCAGGAGCCUCAACAGCCGCGCGUCACCUCUCCAGCCGGGAGAGGGUUGCGGGGGGGCUUCUUUUGCGGCUAUAGAGGCUCCUGCCAUAGCCGCGCGUCACCUCUCCAGCCGGGAGAGCGCGCGCGGGCUAAAGAAGCAACAGCCCUGCGACCCUCUCCCGGCUGGAGACGUGACGCGCGGCUAUGGCAGGAGCCUCUAUAGCCGCACGUCACCUCCCCAGCCGGGAGAGGGUCGCGGGGCUGCUUUAGCCCCGCGCGCACUCUCCCGGCUGGAGAGGUGACACGGGGCUGUAGAGGUUCCUGCCAUAGCCGCGCGUCACCUCUCCAGCCGGGAGAGGGUCGUGGGGCUAUGGCAUCUUCGCUCCAUAGGACGCACACAAAUUUCCCCUUCAUUUUUGAAGGGGAAAAAGUGCGUCCUAUAGAGCGAAAAAUACGGUAACAGCCCUUCAUCUGCUAUUGAAAGAGUAUUAGUUAAUAUAGAACAUGUCAUAUGUAGAAUUUGAUUGGGAAACUUCAGUGCAUUGGCUUUCUGCAUAACUGUGGCAUUGUGUUAAUAUGCAUCUUUUCUUUCUUUUUGUGUUAGGAUGGUGUAACAACUUGCCUGAGAACCAGUACCUGAGUGGGCCUCCUUGCUACCAAUUAGGAUGUUUCUCAUGGACACCCCCCCUUUGGUGGCCCUCCAGAGGACAUGGGAGCCCUUUGUCCCAUCGAGGAACUGCAGGUACCCCAUCUGCUUCUCAGAAUCCGAAGAUGACAUUGCUAGGACAGCUGUCAGUGCCAAAGUCCAGAUGAUCAUUAACAACCUCCAGAGCGAAGAGGCAUCCUUGGAUGCCAGCUGCAGUGAAUAUGGCUGCCUUAUGCAGAAAAAGCAGAAGGGAACCAAGGUCAGGAGCCCCAAGCUAAGGGCCAGCGGCAGGACGCUGCAGAAACACAUUGAAUACACCCAGAGUCACUGUCCUGCCGACUCUGAUGGCAUGGAGGUGGAAGAGAGCUCAGAAUUUGGCCCUCUCUCACUGAAUUCUGACAGUGAUGAUUCCGUUGACCGAGAAAUAGAAGAGGCCAUCCAAGAGUAUCUAAAAAACAAAGGCCAGUGCAUUUCACCACUGCCAAGCGAGGCCAAGAGUUUGCACAGUGUAGACAAUGCAGAUUGUAGUUUGUUCCCUACAGGUGUGAAGUUGAAUGAGGUUCAGUGCCCCUGUUCCCCUAAUUACUUUGAGAGAAACAUCGCUCCCUCCCCGUGCAGUGUGAGCAGCAACGACUCUUUUGAACAGAGCAUCAAAGCUGAGAUAGAGCAAUUCUUAAAUGAGAAGAAACAGCAAUCAAGGAAAAAGGAUAUAACACUGGGGAGUAGGAAACUUCACCAGAAAGAGACCCAAGAGAAGUUGGCAGUUAGGAACCGGAGAGAAAGUCGGCAAAGGUAUCUGAAGCGAGAGCAGGGCAAGGCGCUCUUCUUAAGGCACCACCUGGAACUCGGAGGUGCCAAUGCUCCUUCUAAACAGGAGUCAAAAACCAAUGGAGAGGAGCUUGGUGACUUCAGUACAACAGGCCACACAACCUUGAAAACACCUUUGGCUGGUCAUUCCUGCAUCCUGGAGCAAAGCAGAACAGGCAAGAAAAGGCAGGCACCCUGGAAAGCCAGGGAAGAGCAAACCCUUCAAAGCAUAGACAUCUCUGAUUCAAGUAGUGACGAUGGUAUUGAAGAAGCUAUCCAGCUGUACCAGCUGGAGAAAACCAGGAAGGCAGCAGACUCCAAAGCAGGCCAUGCUCCUUUUCCGAAGGAAGAGUUUGGGGCCAUCAGGAUAAAAGAUAUAUCUGCCAGGUUGAUGAUUCAUUCAGUAAAAGGUGCCUUGCCAGAGAUCCCCAGGAAAGCUUUGAGCAGGAAGGGGAGGCAAAGCUGCUCUAAAGCAGCAGAAUUAAAUAAGUUGGAUGCCAUUUGCAGCAAGACAGCAGAGAAAGGCAAUGUUGACCCUACUCUGGAAGAUGACUUUGCCAAGUGUGCACUCACCUUCCAGGCCUCUUGCAGGACAGACACUGCUGCCGAGCUGAUGUGUGCAGAAGCCAUCCUGGACAUCUCCAAGACCAUUUUACCUCUCCCUACAGGAAGCAGCAACAGCAGGUCAUUCGCCACAAGUGAUCCUUCAUUCUGCUCCCAGAGUGUACCUCCUUUUCAAAUUGAAAGUGACAGCCACAGCGUGAACAGUGAUGACAGCAUUGAGCAAGAAAUAAGGACUUUUUUGGCGGUCAAAGCACAAGCAGGAGGCCUGGUAGCAAAAAAUAAAGGGGUCUCACAUAUUGCUCAAAUUCCUCCCUUCUCUGGGCAACCAUUAAAACUGUCACCAAGUCAAAAAAGGAAACCCAAGGCAGGAAGCAAGCAAGACCAAAGCACACAACUGAUGCUGUCAAAUACACCCCAAGGGGAAGGUGGUCUGAGCAUACUGAAAAACAGUAAGGUUGGAGGGGCAGUGGCUAGCUGCCAACAAGAUGCUGUAUCCAUUGCCAGAUUAAUAGAUUUUGGAAAUUCCCAAGGACAGCUUGGUGCUAGAGAACUUUUUAAAAGCAUGGCUUGGGGUCAACAGAAGUACAUCAUAGAGGAUAAGAGCAGUUCUUUGGACAGUGAUGAAGACUUGGACACAGCUAUCAAGGACCUCUUGAGGUCCAAGCGAAAGUUAAAGAAAAAACCCAAAGACCAAAGAAUCCCGUGCAAGAAGAGAGUCCGGUUUAGUGAGACAGAGAUGCAGAUUCUGGAGGAUAAAGAAACAGACUGCAAACCCAAAGCUCCCACCUUGCUGAAGAGUUGCCUCAUGAGCCCCGGAAUAAACUCUGGGGAAGAGGAUGCAAAGAAAGGGCCCCGAAGCAUCAUGAAGUCCCAAAGUCCAAAAGCCACACAGUGUGUGUUGGAAUUUAAAAAGGAAUGCCACACUAAGUCAGUGGCAGGGCCCAAAACUCAGGAUGGAGCGAAAAGCAAUCAGUGUCUUUGGGCUGCCACAUCCCUGACAGACAACAGCAGUUCCAUGGAUAGCGAUGACAGCAUCGAGCAAGAAAUCCAGAGGUUCUUGGCAGAAAAGGCUAAAGAUUCCACAGAAGUACCCAGAGCCGAUGGGAUUGUUGAGAACUUGCAAAUUGAUAAACCCCAAACAGCCAUAUCUAAAGCCAAGCACCAGCUGUUUAGAGAUGGAGGCAAUGCCUUGCUGGAAUGGAGUAAAAAAGCAAAGAAGGCAGGUCCACUUAUGGUUGUGUUGAGAGGUUCUCUGAAGGCUGAAGAAGAGACAAUGCAAAAUGCUUCUCUUUGUGACAUGCAGGUGGUCUCAUCUGAGUGGGAUCUGUGCAGUCAAGGUACUGUGCAGACAAAACGAUCCGGUUUACCUGCAAAACAGGCAGUGGUUCAAAGAAAGGUUGGCUAUGAUAGGAAGCUUGACCAAAUAAACAUUCCACCUGGGAAGGGCAAAUCUGAGAACUUUAAAUCACAAAAUUACUUUAAGCCAUUGUCUUCUUUCAAAAGGAAAAGCCCGUAUGAGUUCAAAGUUUCCAGCAAGUUUAUAGCAGGCCUCAAAAGCACUCAGAAUAAAAAAAAACCUGUGCUUGUGGGGAAAGGGCAGGGUGAAGAUCUGUCAUUCAAGAGGCAGGGAGGUGUCCCAGUAUCAGAUUUGCUUGGUAAGAGGCAGGUGGUGAGACUGCAGAGAGAGGGGGUUCUAAGAUCCAGGUGUCAGGCAAGAUUUAAAGAGGCAGAUUUAUCUUCAGGAGGGCCUUGUCCCUUUUUGACUGAGAGGCAAGGGGAAACAGAGGAAGCUUAUUUAUGCAAUGAAGCAGUCAACCUAGCAGAUAUUAAACCUUUGGAGCCUUGCUGCAGGAGGGACUCCAGCCAUGGUCUUCCUUUGCACGUACCCAGCACAGCUAAUGAGCAAGGGGUCAGAGUUAGCACAGUGUCCCUGCGUGCUGAGUUCCCUGAUGGGGUAGAAGAAGGGAACACCCAGGAGCUUCACACCAGUUGGGAGGAGUGUAGUAAAGUUCCCAGCAGCUGUUAUAGCUUGCGACAGAUGGAGAAUCCUUGAUUGGGCAGGAUAGGAUAGCAGAGAAGCAAGCCCAGAAAGAUUUAGAGGAAGGCUGUGCAGAAUUUGUAGGUGUAACCCCAAUGGAGAAAAGCAAGGACUUCAGUUUGUAAGGGCUUUAUUUUUUACAGCAUCCAUGUGUGGGUUUUUUUUUUCUAAGGUAAAAGCCUGCAUUACAUUUAGGUUUUCUGACAUCUUGAUUAAUCUCCAUGCUGGAAGGGGUGAGGAUUUUGUUGCAACAUUAUGAAGACUGGGGUGAAUGUUCUUUUCCUCACCCUCCCCUGCAUCAUCCUUGAGUUACAAGGACAGAAUCUUAUAAUUGUAGAGUUUGAAGGAAUCCAAAGGGUCAUCUAGCCCAACCCCCUUACCUACUCAGCACCUCAAGAUUCAUCCACAGUGGAAAACUUAUGCCCCCCCCGACCAAGAGAUUUAUCCUUAUCAGAUAAAGAAAAUGUAAUCUUUAUUAAGCAGCCCAGAGUGUCGUAGUCUUCAAAGUAUUCAAAAUGGAAAGAGAAUUUGGGACAAAUACAGACAGUCUAUCUUUCCAUUGAAGGAAUCUGUCACCUAUUACAUGGACUUGAUUCCCCUCCCCUCCCCCCCCUUUUUAAAGACUGUUCUAAGUUAUUUCAAAAGUGCUUUAAGUGAGUCUUUUUGUAACAGUGUAUAGAGCACCCCUAACUGCAGAGAACUAUAGUUCAUGUUCAUUGUACUACAUCAGGAUUGGAAAACUUGUGGGGUCUCCAGAUGUUGCUGGAGUAAGACAUUCCUGGAGCUGAUGGGAGUUGUAGUCCAGAACUUCUGGAAGGCACCUGGUUGGCAAGGGCUGUCUUAGACGCUUCCACAGAGUCAAGUGUUUCUUUCCAAGAGCAGGUAUAUUGAAGUUACUUCUUGCCUUCCUUCAUAGAAGGUAAACGUGAUAGCAGAAAGUGGUUGCAUCUCAGAAUUUGCAUUCCCCUUCAACUAGUCUGUAUAUUAUUAUUUUUUUUAAAUGCUGCUUUCACAUCUCAUUUUACAUUGAAACCUCAUGGCAAUCUGCCUCUUCUCACUAUAAACCUUUACUAUACAUUCUUCUAUUGCUCUUUAAACCCCCAGAUCAGUUUAUGGGGACCCUCGGGGCGGGGGGCGGGGAGAGAGGGUGCAUCUGUAUUCAUCAGUCAAAUUGCAGUACUUUGUAGCUUGUGGUUUCGAUUCUGUCUGUCUGAAGAAGCACUUUUGAACUUGUUUUGUAUAUAAGAAAUGGUGUACAUUCAUACAUUUAUAAGAUUUAAUAAACUGGGUUCAGAGUUUGAACCAUGAAACCAAAAGUUUUCUUUUUUAAUGUCUCGGAUGUUUCAGAGAGAUUUAGGUCCACAGCCACCACUUGGUCCUCUGUCGUUUAUCUU